AUGGAAACAGCUGUGUUUAGUUCGAGCUGUCAAAACACGAACGGUAAACUGUGGAAUUUACUUCCUAUAUUGCGUCUCCAAUGGCAACGCACGUUGCGCUUUACGGCUAGACGACACACACCCGUUACUGACGUAAACAUCGACGUAACGUUUCACAUACAGUCUUUUCAGGUCUCAGAAGUUCACGGCUCAGACGGCUUAGCUCCACCCCAGCCUCGGUCACUCAAGCCAAGAAAAAGGGAAUGUCCAAGUGAUGAAAUCUCCCAGGCUGAUGAUGUUGAGACUUCUCUUCAUCAACAGGACACAGAGGAGAAUAAGACAACAGAGGUUGCCACACUGCUACAAUGUUCCCAGUCCCCUCUGCAGGAAUGUGCUAUGAUUACAAAUCAACAGGAUCAGGCAGUCAGACAGUCCUGUUUCACAAAACAAGAUGACUCCAGAGAGGAAAAACAUGCAGAAGCAGCAAAUGUCUACUUGAAAAAUGUGAUGGUUAAAGCUUCUGAAAGGCAAGAAGAGACUACUGUCCCCAGUUCCUGUGAUGACUCUGAGCUGGAGGGCUGUAGAGUACAUACUGACAAUGACACCAACAAGCAUGGAACAGAAGAAAUAACUCAACAUGAAGGUAUCAGAUCUCCAUCUCAGUCAGUUGGUGAUCAACUCCAGGUCUUCUCGCCAACUUCUGAAGAGGGUGAUGGAUCCUGUGCAACUGCUCUGGAGAAGCGACUGGAUGCAAAGGAAAACUCUCAGUGUAAUUUUGAGAGAAACCAUGAAUCCAGCCAAGAAGAACCAUGCAACAUGUACACGGCUGAUGUAAAGGAAGUUGUAAAGGAGGCAGCAGCGGGGUUACCGGCCAAAAAAAAGCGAAGGAUGGGCAUGUGUGGUCUGACAGAGAGGGAGCGGAGCCAUUUUUUACAGACACAGAAGCGUGAAAAUGGGCAGAAUGGGGCAGAGAGAGUUGAGAAGCAGAUUUGUAACAAUAACACAGCUGACCCUGUGGCUCAGGAAGAGAUUACAUCUACCCCAGUACACCAUAUCACAGGGCAGAGUGAGGCAGAGAUAAAACUUCAGUCCAGUCACUGUGGAAGGGAUGACAGGGCAGAGACUGAAGUCCACAUUGCUGCCACAACCUCUGCUGAGACCAGUACUAUGUGUGAUCCAGGCUGCUCAGAGGAAAAGAGCUGUGGGGCUAAAGGAGACACAAAUCCUGGUCCAAAACAAAGUGGUGAGCCAAAGUCAGAUCCACUGGCACAGGAGGAAGUGGAGGAGCAACUGGGGAGUUGGGAGCGACAGGAAAAUGAGGGAAGUACAACUGAGAUUAUGACCACAGCACCUGAGAAACAAAGCAAAGACAAAGAAGAAAGGUCGGCAGAAGCAGACUGUAGUCCUGCCUUGAGUUUUUACACUAAUCAAACUAAAAAUGAGGACACAGAGAAAAAGGAGGACGGGAGCAAGACUGCUUCUCUUCAGGUGGAUGACGAAACUAAAACAAGAGCUGAGCAGAAGGAAGAGAUUGGGUUUGGUGCUGAUGAUGGAGCUGAAGUGGAGGGAACUUCAUCCACAGGAUUUAACUGUGGCUCUGUGAAGCUCUGUGACACUGCAGUGACACCCAGUGGCUCAGAAAGGAAAGAGAAGUGUGAUCCUGAGGAUGAACCUGGUCCCUCUACUGUGAAAGCUAAGCACAGUGAGACCAAGGAUACUGCUGACCCGUUUGACUCUGGAUGUUUAGAUGAUGUGUCAGACUCGCAGCUGAACACUAUUGUUCUGAUUGAGGAGGAGCUGAUGGGGAGAUGCGAAGAUCCUGGCUCCUCAGACUGUCAUGAGGAUGCCACAGACCUGAUCUGUGGGCUCAUCAGAGAACUCUCCUCUUUAAAUCGAAAAGUCAUGGCCACACAUAGGGAGCUGGAGAACCUGCGACGUGGCAGUAAAACUUCAAGGAGCUCCCUGCGUUGAGGAUUUCAAUGAUGUUCCUGCCAUCCUGAGUUUACAGUUACCCCAACAGUUCUUGGGUAAUGAAGGCAUUUCUUGCACUCUGGUACAAACCCUUAAUAUUUCAUUAUAAAUCUGUUCUCACUUUUCAUUGGCAGUUGGAAUGCUCUAGUUCUCCCAAAAUAAAACCUGCCAUUGUUAAGUCAGUAAUUUGAGUAUUGUUAUGUAAAUAUUAUUAAUAUCUGUCCUUCAUGACUGGCUUAAAUUGUGUUG